UACGCGUUCUCGAGUGCGCUCAGAACAAGUAGAGGACGACGAGGCAUCAUCGAGUGCUCUGGAAAGAGGCCCGAUAUUUAUAUUGUUACGUAUUUAAAAAUAUUUAAUCAUGAGAAGGAAGCUGUUUGGCGUAGUUCUCGCUGUUUGUAUCGGCUGGUUCCAAGCCGGGGCUCUGACAGAUGCAGCCAUCACGACCAGUCCAGAGGUGAACGGCCAGAACCAGACCUCUGCCACGCUCAGCUGCAACCUUACCAACCCUACUUUUCCUGUCAAAGGCCACUAUUGGACCAAUAAUGGCAAGAUCAUUGACAAGUCCGAAACAAACAGUGAUGAACUUUACAUUGAACAUGAAAUUAAAAAGGUUGAUUACCACUCUGCUGGACUAUAUGCAUGUGUCUUCCUAACAGAACCUCAGGUUAAUGCGACCAUUGAAGUUAAAGUGCCCCCACAUGUAGUCGCCUACAAACGCUCUGAAAAUGCUAAUGAAAAAGACAAGGCUGUCCUAACAUGUAUGAGCCAAGGAUACCCCCUGCCUACUGACUGGACUUGGUACAAGCUCAAAGAUGAUGAAAGUGUUGAGACAGCCAUUGUCAAUGGAUCUGAUGUCAAGUAUGAGAUGAAGAACACCCCCAACAAGACCAUGCUGUAUGUGAAAGAUCUGGACAUCAACAGUGACAUGGGCAUGUACCAGUGCCAAGGCACCAAUCAAAUGGGAUCAGACAGCGAUAAGAUUCAGCUGCGCGUGCGUAGCCAACUGGCUGCCCUUUGGCCAUUCCUCGGAAUUGUUGCAGAGGUCAUUAUCCUCAUCGCCAUCAUCUUCAUCUACGAGAAGAGGAGAAAGCCAGACGAGAUCAAUGAUGAUGACGACUCAGGAUCUGCACCACUGAAGAGCAACGCUGCUACGAACCACAAAGACAAAAAUGUCCGGCAAAGGAACUCCAACUGAGAAAGGAGAAAAGGUGUCUUGACUACUGUUGAAGAUAAUAUGGAUCAUUGAGUUGCUGAGAAGCACAUUAUAGUGCAGACUGCGAAUUCUUAACCUUCUGCUUGAGUGUAAAUGUCUUGAGAUCUGAAUUUUCCUUUUCCUUUUAUUCCUAUUCGUAUUGUGCUGCCUGCAGAUGUUUUUAAAUUUGGGGGGAGGGGGAAACUGCAUGAUUCUAUUCUUGCUGUAGAAGUGUGUUUAGUCAAUCUUUUAAUGUGGGAAUGAACUUUUUUUUUUUUUUUUUUUUUUUUUUUUUUUUUUUUUGUCUUCCUGGUUUCUCUCACUGUUCCUCAUGAGUGUGUGCACCUUUAGCUUUCUGAAAUGUCUACCGAUUGUAAUUGAAUCACUGUUCGGCCGCAUGAGAAUUUAAUCAUGUUCAGUAUAUACAAAAACACUGAAUCAAGUUUUUAUGACAGCAGUCUCUUUUGGCAGUCGUUUUCCUUUCUGCAAGCCUUAAUGUUUAGCCACUGUAUUGUACAUGCUAUUUUUAAUUAUUGAAAUAAUUUAAACUAACAACUUUUAUGUGCGGUACUCAUAUCGUUGCUGCACAUUAAAGUGCACUAUAUCAUGUGGAUGGUCAAAUGACACUUUUUGUCAAGCUAAUUUUGAAGUUACUAAUGUAGUUUCUAAGGAUAACUUUUAGGAUUCCUCCUGCCUAACCUUUAAGGACCAAGUGCUAGUACAGUGUGUCACUUGCUGUUUGCACAAUCCGUUAUAAUUGUUUCCUAAAUUCUAACAUGGAGGACAAUGACAUGGUUAUACAUAUUUAGGUAAUGUGAGUGAAGGUGGGGUUUUCGUGAAGGAUUUUGCUUAAAUGGUUCUCUCCUAUUGACAGUCAUACUUGCAUUGUAAAACAUUGCAUAGUAUAGUAUGUGUGCCAUUUCCAAGUUAAAAGAUGCGUAAAAUUUAAGACCUUGUUCUUAGAUUCAUAGGAAAUCUCAUACACUGUCAACUGUACUGAUUUGCACAAUCUGAAUAAAGUUAUUUGAUUUUAA